AUGGCCUUGACGUCAGUCAGACAGAAACGUAGGACUCGCUGCCACUUCUGUCGAGGUGCUCCUCGCGCAAAACAUGCAAAAGCAUCAGGCUACGAUGCGAGUGGAGUCGAGUCAAGUCGAGCGGCGGUAAGCGAGAGGAGCGAGAGGAAGAGGCGAGUUUUAAUCGCCCUCGCCAACUGGACGACUCGACGACAGCGCGCUGCGCAGUUGCUGCCGUCGUUUCUGUACACUCUCCAAAUGCCCAGCAAGAAUGCGGCGGUAAAGGUCGAUGUCGAUGUGACAAAGUCUUACGCUGGACACGAUGGCUUCUCUGCUGUUCGCUUUCGAGAGCAUCCGAAUAUUCGAAGACGGCGGAUUUGUCUCAGUUCCCGCCUCUGUUGCGAUCGGCCAUUCAUCAAGGUUUCUUAG